UAAUCUGGCAGCUGUGUUCUGGAAGAGGAGAAGGGAAGAGAGAGAGGAGAGAAUACAGACCCACCGCCGGAAAUCACGGAAGAACAGAGCAGAUAUAAGCAAACCUUGAUUAAAAGCUGCCUGACAGCCCACGGCAGCAGCAAGCAGCAGGCAAGGAAGCUCUUCAAGUCCAAAGGGAGUCGCAGUGGCGGCUCCCGCCACGGCCAGGCUCUCAGAUGUCCCUGAUCCUUUAAUCAAUCACAGCCGAGGAGGGGAAGAGCAAACGCCCAUCUGAGGCGAGGAGAUAACCAGCCUGAGCCAUGCAGUCUUUUCGAGAAAGGUGUGGUUUCCAUGACAAGCAGCAGAACUAUCAGCAGACUUCACAAGAUUCAUCACGCCUGGAGAAUUACAGGCACCAGAGCCAGGCAGGGCUGAGCUGCGAGAGGCAGAGGCUGCUGGCCAAGGACUACUACAGUCAGCAGCCCUACCCGGCCUAUGACAGCACCGCCUCGGCGGCCGCCGAGAAGUACCAGCGAGGUAAUAAGGCCGUUCCCGGGCAGCAGCCGCUCCAGGGGAGGCCCGCCUUUCCCGGUUACAACGUCCAGGAGAACAGCCCCUACCCGGCUCGGUACUCGGGAGAGGAGAGCCUGCAGACUCAGUGGGGAGCCCGGCAGCAGGCCCUGGCAGGCGGGGUAGCCAAGUAUGAAGAGAACUUGAUGAAAAAGACGGCCGUGCCCUCCGGCAGCCGUCAGUACCAGGAGCAGAGCUCUCAGCUGCCCUUCCGGACUCACUCCCUGCACCUCCAGCAGCAGCAGCAGCAGCAGCAGCAGCUCCAGCAGCAGCAACUCCAGCAGCAGCAGCAGCAGCAGCAGAACCCCCUGACGUACCCCAAGCUCCAAAGGCAGAAGAUCCAAAACGACAUGGCCCCUAUGUCCUUUCCCCAGGGCUCUCACUUCCCCCAGCACUCCCAGUCCUUCCCUACCUCCUCCACCUACUCUUCUGCUGUCCAGGGCGGGAGUCAGGGGGCCCACUCCUUUAAGAGUUGCACUGCCCCGACCAGCCAGCCCCAUGAGAGGUCCCUGGCUAGCAAUGCCAGCCUGACUCCGGGGCAGAGGGUACAGAGCCUGCACAGCUACCAGUCAGGCAGGAUCAGCUACGACCAGCAGCCACAGCAGCCACAGCCGCAGCAGCAGCAGCAGCAGGCUCUCCAGGGACGACACCAUGCCCAAGAAACGCUGCAUUAUCAGAACAUGGCUAAAUACCAACAUUACAAUCAGCAAGGCCAGAGCUACUGCCAGCCGGACACCCCGGUGAGGACCCCUGAGCAGUACUACCAGACCUUCAGUCCUAGUUCCAGCCAUUCCCCGGCUCGGUCCAUGGGCCGCUCUCCGUCUUAUAGCUCGACUCCGUCCCCACUGAUGCCCAACCUGGAGAACUUCCAGUACAGCCAGCAGACACUCAGCACGGGAGCCUUCCCUGCCAGCAUCACAGAUCACAGCCACUUCAUGCCUCUUCUGAACCCUUCCCCGACAGACGGGACAAGCUCGGUGGACGCACAGGCAGUGAACUGCAAGAAUUUACAGAAGGAGAAAAUCCCCGAGAACCUGCUCUCAGACCUCAGCUUGCAGAGCCUGACCGCUCUGACCUCGCAAGUGGAGAAUAUUUCCAAUACUGUGCAGCAACUGCUGAUGUCCAAAUCUACCGUUCCCCAGAAGAAGGGCAUUAAGAACCUCGUUCCCAGGACCCCGGAGCAGCUCAAAGGUCAGCACUGCAGUCCAGAGAGUGGCAGCUACUCUGCGGAACCUGUGGGCACCCCUCUGUCGGAGCCUCUUAGCAGCACCCCACAGUCCAUUCAUGCGGAAGCCCAAGAGGCAGACUACCUGAGUGGUUCAGAAGAUCACCUGGAAAGGACCUUCCUGUAUUGUAACCAGACCCGGAAUAGCCCUGCCAGGGUCAACAGCAACUCCAAGGCCAAGCCUGAGUCAGUCUCUACCUGCUCGGUUACCUCCCCCGAUGAUAUGUCCACCAAGUCUGAUGACUCCUUCCAGAGCCUCCAUAGCAGCCUGCCCCUUGACACCUUUACCAAGUUUGUGGCCAGCGACAGAGAAUGUCCCCGUCUGCUGCUCAGUGCCCUGUCCCAGGAAGAGCUGGCUUCAGAGAUCAUCGUGUUACAGGAGGCCAUCAGUGAAAAGGCUGAUAAAGGCUGGAGUGAGUCUCCUGUGCUGACUAAGGACCCCGGCAAGUCCUCCUUCUCUCUAGAGAACCACAACACCUGCCUAGACGCUGUGGGCAAGAACACCUGGUCCCACCCAGCUGAGACAGAAACCCUCCCUGAUCCGCUGCACAUCAGCAAAGGCAGCGACACUAAGGACUUUAGUGAGGAGCUGUUUGAGGAUCCCCCUGUGGGGUUCACCAUGCCUGAAACCAAGAAGUUACCCUGUUCUCUUCCAUAUGGUCCCAAACCGAAUCUCCCAGAUGCUCCAUCUAACCCUGGGACGACUGCUUUUGGCUGCUUUCCUGAUACGACCGCUGACUCGGUGGGUUCUGGUGAUAAUGCAAACCCCUUUGCUUGGCCAGAGGAGAACUUGGGGGAUGCCUGUCCCAGGUGGGGUCUGCACCCCACAGAGCUUCCUAAGGGACUGGGUCGAGGGAAGCCUCCUGAGGGGACCAGCAAAGAGAAAACAAAUGAUACUGUUUGUAUGGGCUUCCCAGAGGGAGAGCCGGCAAGCGAGAAGGAAGAGGCAAGAGAUUUCAAACAGGAGGAAGUCAGAGAAGUGAAGGAGGAGGACAUCCUGGGGUGCCAGGAGGCCAGCAAAGCUGACCGGUGGCUGGAGGACAGUAGGCACUGCUGCCCGGCUGGUGACUUCAGUGAUAUCUCCUUGCUGCCUUCCUCGGAGAGGAAAGACCUGGAGGCCGAAGAGUAUUCAUCCCUCUGUGAGCUCCUGGCCAGCCCUGAGCCAAGGCCUGGGCUGCAGGAUCCAUCACCCCCAAAGACCCCACUGAUCUGCACCAAGGAGGAGCCUGAUGAGGCUCUCAGCCCAAAGGCCAACUGGGUUUCUCCCUGCCGCCUCUCAGGAGAGUCUGUGAUCCUGCUGGGCCCAGCUGUGGGUACAGAGUCCAAGGUGAAAAGCUGGUUUGAGUCCUCCCUGUCUCACAUGAAGCCAGAGGAAGGGGCAGCUGAGAAUGAGAGCGCGCCUCCGGAGAAUGUAACCCCCAGUGCCCCUCUGCCUGGGAAGCUGAACAAGCCAGCAUUGCCUGAAAACACUUUGGCCAAGAAGGGACCGAUGCCUCGAGGGAAGAGCCUGAGGAGCCGGCGAGUACAGAGAGGGCUGCCAGAGGCAGAGGAAUCUGGCUGCAAAGCCCCAGAUCUACCCAAGGACCUUUCACUGCCAGAGCCCUGCACAGGGCAGCCCCAGGGGCACACCGAAGGGGCCGGCACCCCUGGCCAGCUGGGUCCUGCUGGGAGGGUCGUGGCUGAAGGGCUGCCCAGGAUGUGUACCCGCUCCUUCACCGCCCUCAAUGAGCCCCGAACCCCUGGCUCCCACCCACCAAGCCUAACCGGGGCAUCCUCCCAACCUGAGAAGCUGGGGACCAAACAGAGAGCCAGUUUCAAGUCUGGGAAGAGAGCGGGAAAGCUGUCCCCUAAGGUGGCUUCUAGCCCCAGUGACCCUGCAGCUUUGCCAGUGCCCAGCCUAGCCCAAGAGAACAGCUCCAUGGGGCCCAAGAUGAAAGAAACUGAGUCCCCAGAUACCCCAGCAAAGGACCAGAGGUCCAUGAUCCUCCGGUCUCGGACCAAAGCCCAGGAGCUCUUUCACCCCAAGCGGAGGAGGCCUACAGAAGGGAGGCUGCCAAACUGCAAAACUGCCAAGAAACUCAUUUCAAAUAACCACCUACCACCUAGCUUCAAGAUGCCUGGCAGUGCCCAGAAAGAGGGGAAAGCAAACCGGAGGGUGAAACUCCCCAAACCUGCAUCUAGCGUGGGGGGUAAGCUGCCCGAGCGCCAGCUGCACUCUCUGAAGAGGAAGUCCACCUUCAUGUCCCCAAUUCCAGCAAAGAAGAGGAAUCUGAUUCUCCGAAGUGGAGGCAGCCCCGGGAACAUCAAGGAGGAAAAGGCCGAGGCUUCCCCCAGCCUCUUCAAGAGGAUCUCCAGCCCCAAAAAAGCCAAGUCCACCAAGGGCACCUGUGAGCCCGCCCUGAAAGCCCCUCCUCCGGAGACCCCCAAUGUCUGCAUCAAAAUCACUUCUCGAGCUGCCUUCCAGGGAGCCAUGAAGACCAAGGUCCUGCCUCCCCGAAAGGGCAGAGGCCUGAAGCUGGAAGCCAUCGUGCAGAAGAUCACCUCUCCCAGCCUGAAGAAGUUUGCAUGCAAAACAGCCACGGCGGCGGCAGCGGCAGCAGCGGCGGCUGCAGCAGCGGCAGCAGCGGCCGCAGCGGUGGUGGCUCCGACCCACAGUAAUCCUCUGAGCCCUUCCCUCCCCGAGAAGGAGAGGGCCCUAAAGAAGUCCGGUGCCAGCCCGGCCGGGGGAGAAGCAAGACCCUUAAACCCGGGCAUGGCUCAAAAGCCUCCCUCGGCCCCCGGAGCCGAGCAAUUAUGCAGAAAUUCCACCAACAGAUCCUUAAAAGGAAAACUAAUGAACAGUAAGAAACUGUCCUCUGACUGUUUCAAGGGUGAGGCCUGUUCAUCUCCGGAGACACCGCAGCAGCAAGAGGAGCAGCAGCAGCAGCACAGCGGCCCCGGCAGCAGUGUGGAUGCUGCGAAAAGUCUCGGCCUGGUGACCAAGAAGAGGAGCCGGAAGGGGAAGGCAGCAGCCCUGGGCCUGGCCAAGCUCCCCCUGGAGAAGCGAGCCCAUCUGGCACCAGGCCUGCUCCUGGCCUCCAGAGAGAGGGCGACCGUGGGGGGCGCCCUGGAUGACAGUGGGGAGGACGGGGAAGGGGGCGGAGGGAAGAAAGCCACCUUGGAGGACAAAGGCCUAACCUCGGAGCCCUCCGAGGGCAGGGCCUCCCAGCCACAGACCAGAGCCCAGAAGCAGCCCGCCGGCCAGGCCAGCUACAACGGCGGCUACUCCAAACGGCAGCGCAAACGGCUUACUCGAGGCAAGGCCAAGAACGUGGCUUCCCAGUGCAAGGGCCGGGCCAAAAGGCGAAGGCAGCAGCAGCAUGCUCCCCCCUUGGACCCUGCUGAACCCGAGAUCCGACUCAAGUAUAUUUCCUGCAAAAGGCUUCGGACUGAUAGCAGAGCCCCACCCUUCUCCCCCUAUGUGAGGGUGGAGAAGAAGGAUGAGUUCACUACCACCUGUACUGUGGUCAACUCCCCUGGGGAAGAGCCCAAGCCCCGGAAGGAGAAGCCUUCCUCCUCUUCCUCUUCCUCCUCUUCUUCUUCCUCCUCCUCCUCUUCCUCCUCCUCCUCCUCUUCCUCUGCUGCCUCUCCUACCACCUCCUCUUCUGCCCUAGCCACCCUACCAGGGGGGGCCUCCCUGCAGGCCCGGGCUGUGCUGCCCCUCUCAUCCACAAUGCACCUGGGGCCUGUGGUUUCCAAAACCCUGAGUGCAGCCUGCCUGGUCUGCUGUCUCUGCCAAAACCCUGCCAACUACAAAGACCUAGGGGACCUCUGUGGGCCCUACUACCCCGAGGACUGCCUGCCCAAAAAGAAGUCCAGACUCAAGGAGAAAGUUAGGGCAGAGGGGCCGGGGGAGGAGGCAGCCCCCCCCCUGGAAAGAACACUCAGAGGCCUGGAGAGCCACUGCUCGGCUGCCACCGGCCCAGGGAAGCCACCCAGGCUGGAUGUCGCUGCUGACUCGACUAAGCAGAGUGCUCUGAGGUCAAGCUCCCGGGGCCUUUACAGGAAGCUCCAGAGCUGCUACUGCUGCGAUGAGCAGAGGACGGAAGACGAGGAAGCCUCCUCUAUGGCCGCCACUUCAGCCGACAAGCCGAGGAAGCACGAAUGCAGCAAGAGCGAGGCCCCGCCGCCGCCGCCAGAGCUGAAUGGAGACACGCAGGAGCACUGGGUGCAUGAAGGUUGUGCCAUAUGGACUGCUGGCGUUUACCUGGUGGCCGGGAAGCUGUUUGGCCUGCAGGAGGCGAUGAAGACAGCCGCAGAUGUGAGAUGUUCCAGCUGCCAGCAAGUAGGUGCCACCCUUGGCUGCUGCCACAAAGGAUGCCCCCAAACCUACCACUACGCAUGUGCCAGUGACACAGGUUGCACUCUAGUCGAAGAGAACUUUUCUUUGAAAUGUCCUAAACAUAAGAGGCAGCUGUUGUAAUCCACCCUCCUGGGGCUUACCUCCUCCAUCUGGACAGGAGAUGGUGCCAAGCCUUGGGCCCAACUCUCACCUGGAGCUGUGACCAGGACCACCCAGAUCGGCAAGGAAAAGAGGAACAGGACCCUUCCUCCCCCUUGAUCUGCUGAGGCCCUCUCUUUCUGAAUGUUCUCAUCUGCUUAUGGCUAGAGUCCCGUCCAACUCUUGGGUCUUCUCCCCACAAAGAACCACUCCUCAGAGCUGACCCAGGCUUGCUGACCAAUAGGAUCCAGGCCCUGAAUUUGUGGAUUCGGGAUCCAUCCAACAAGACAGUCCCUAGGCUGUGUCUCUGCCUUGGUAGGGAAGUAUUCUUAGGCCUCUCUUACCAGGUAACAGUGUAGGUUGUACAGGGACAGGGUCUAGGAGUGAAGCCGUGAGGAUACUUUGUGUCAAACUUAGAUCCUUUCCCCAACUCUCUCUUGCCCGCUCCUGACCCUCCCAGCAUCUGAUGGGUAUGGCCUGAUGCUUGUAUGCCUAAGAGGCCAGGUCUGACUUUGCCCAUGCUCCCUGCCCUACUGCCCUGCAGCCCCUGCCGAGUAUGGGUCCCACCGGCCCUCAGUGGAGAAAUAGCCUGGACUCUUCUUUCCUGGUAAGCCGCAUCCACAUUAGUCCUAUAGAAGUAAAGACCAUUGCCAGCCGAGGGGGCGGCCAGAGGGACGGUGCAAAAUUUGGAGCUGGUGGCCUAAAGGGACUGUCUGCUUUUCGCUCCGUCACCUCAUCCACCUGGCAGAUGAAGAGGAGGGGAAGUAAAACGAGGCUGGUGUGAGCUGGACUAGCACACAUGGCAUUUCUAAAUCCCAGAGGUUGGGGGGGGGCGGUCUCCCAUCAAUUCUGUCCACAUGGUACUUUCCCUUUCCUGCCCACCACAUCCUUUUUGGGUAACAGUAGAAUGGAUCUGGUCGGCCCAAGUGUCUGCUACUAUUUGGAGGAAGGUGUGUUAGUGUAAGCAGGGUUGGAAGAAGGCGACUUUUUGCAUGGCCAGUGCAAACCCUGGUUAUGUUAGUUUAGUUGAAAAAAUGUAAAGUCCUUGGAAAUGCCCCAGGGGCAGAGCCCUAUUCCAGGUACGUGUGCCUGGCAGCAGGUGGAAUGAGGAGCCAUGGGAAGGAUGUGUGGCAGGUGAGAGUCCCCUAGUCUUCAGCUCGAAGGGAUGGGGGACCUUUAGCUGGAGAUGCAGCCUCUGGAACAGCUUGUCCUAGCAGGCCGGUUUGUAGGUCUCUACAGAGCCUGGCUUGAAGGAGGAUCCCAGCACUCCCAGGUCUUCAGCUAGGGAAGAGAACCCAUUUUUAAGUCAGCCUUCCCUAGUGAGACUUAAUCAGAGACCCUGCUCAC